GCUGCUGACGUGCGACUGCUGCUCUCGGUCGAACUGGAGGCAAUGCUGCGCACGGGCUGGCCUCCAAAGCGCCUCGCCGCGGAUGCCAGGGUGUGGCUCGACCGCAGUGGCGUCGAUGGGCUCCACCUGGACGGCUUGGACAUCCUGCCCAGGAGCAUUCACAACGUCACCGAAAUCGUCACGGCCCUGCGCAAGUCAUUCAAGCGGCAGUACCUCCUCACCAUUGGCAUCGACCGCACGCAGAAAAUUGUUGAGGACGAGCUGCUGCAACUGAUCAAGCUGGUGGACUUCGCGAGCUUCGCGACGAGCCACGUCCGCCACACCGACGAGCGAACCGCGUUGUUGAAUCCAUAUAGCAAGUACGACAACAGCACCUCCGGCCAGUUCUUGAGCCGCGAAGUGGACAAGCUGGCCAGCCUGGCUGCCCGGUCGCCCCAGUCUCAGCUGUGCUUCACGCUCACGAUGGGAGGCAACCAGUUUCAGCUGUGGGACCCUUCUGAGCACGGACUUGGAGCUCCAGCGAAGCACGUCAAGGACAUCUCGUACUCCGAAAUCUGCAGGCGGCGAUGGAACGAGGUGAAAUACAUCCAGUCCGCCAUCGGCUUCUACGCGCACAGCGGCAAAACGUGGGUGGGCUACGACACUGAGAAGACCAUCGCUGCAAAGGUGCAGCUAGCUCUGCGCAAGUACCCGGACUUCUGCGUGAUGUUGGUACAAGUGGACAAGGACGACUUCCGCGGCAUCUGCUCCGAGAAGCAAUUCCCUCUUGUGCAGAGUGUCAAACAUGCAAUGCGCCAGUACCACCGGAAGCCGCCGGGUCUGGAAUCAUAAAAGCGGAGGGGGCGGUACGAUCGCGCUUUGACUACCGCAAUAAAAAAAGAAAAAAAAAAGUAACCUUGACCAUACCAGAGACAUUCUAACUGCCACCGAAAUCAGGGAAACAUCGUUCUUUCACACAUUUAGUGAUACCAGUGCUCACGUUUACUGGCGGACUGCUUCUCGUAUACUACACAAGCAUGUGCUUUUAAGCCAGAUACCAUUCUGGCAAAGAUCAGUUAAUCGCGCUUAAUAAAAUCCUGCAACCUACCUCCGAGUGAGCAGUCACGAGCAAGAAGGAAUCACCUCAUUCGCCUUUAAACAAUUGUUACUCUUAAUGAACGAGAAGAUUAGGAGAUCUGAAGCACACGAUAUUAAAGCGACUAGCUUGCUCUGGCUCUUUCGCCUCUUCUCAAAGCAGCCGGUGGUGACAGGACUUAUACAAAACACCAAUACCCUUCUAUGCUGUCGCCGCCCUCUGGCCCCAUGUCUGCUGCGGGAGAGGGCGCCGGAUGCGGGAGGAGAGAGAGGCAGUGGAUUUCCAGCCAGCAGUCAGGUUCGU